AUGCCUCCCUCUCCUAAGCGUCCACGCCUCACCUCUGAGCAAGACUUCCAAGACCUGAAUGAAGCAGAAGAGUUGGUUGUGCAGAUCCCAGGCACCGUGGAAGACAAGGAGGUGUCUACUGCUGCAAUUUUGAGUACUCCCCAGAGUCAUCAGAGUUCCUCUUCUUCCUCCACUUCAUACACCAAGGUAGAAGUAGAAUCCAGCAGCCAAGAAGUUGAGGGUAGUGAAUCUCCCCUUAGAGAUGUGCUAGACAAGAAAGUGGGUGAGUUAGUACAGUUUGUCCUCUUCAAGUAUAAAUCCAAGGAGCUCACCACAAAGGCAGAAAUACUAAAAAUUAUCAUCAAGGAAUAUAAAGACCACUUUCCUAUGAUUUUAAGGAAAGUUUGUAAGUUCAUGGAGCUAGUCUUUGGCAUUGCUGUGACAGAAGUGGACCCUAACAACCACAUUUAUAUCAUAUAUGACACACUAGACCUCACCUAUCAUGGAAUGCUGAUUGAUGACCAGGGCAUGCCUAAGACUGGUCUCCUGAUACUUAUCCUGAGUACGAUCUUUAUGGAGGGCAGCUGCACCACUGAGGAGAAAAUCUGGGAGGUACUGAAGGCAAUUGAGGUGUAUGCUGGGAAGGAGCAUUUCAUCUAUGGGGACACUAGAAAGCUCAUUACCAAAGAGUGGGUGCAAAAAAAAUAUUUGGAAUACCAUCAGGUGCCCAAUAGUGAUCCUGUAUGCUAUGAGUUCAAGUGGGGUUCAAGAGCCCAUACUGAAACCAAUAAGAAAAAAAUUGGAGUUUUUGACCAAGCUAAAAGAUACCAUCCCUGGUUCCUUUCCAACCUGGUACAAAGAGGCUCUGAGAGUUGUGGGAGAGCCUAG